ACACUUGUUAGUAGUUGUGUUACAAUAUUCAUCCAGUUCAUAUAAAUAUUUCAUAUAGAUACUUUAUAGGAAAUAAUUAUUCUUUCAAACUUGAAUUUGUUCAUUACUAAUUAUAGUAAAAUAUGGUUUCUUUGUGCUUUGGAUUGCCGCUGCGGACAGGAACAAGUAUUAUAGCAAUUAUCAAUUCAAUUGCAUCGAUUUGUUAUAUUGUUUAUUACUUUUGGGAAUAUACUGUAAGUUACGAACCAUCAACGGAAAACCAAAUAUUGUUCAGCAGUCGACAUGAUCCCUUAGCACAAGCUACAGACGAAGUGUUUUUGAAUUACAUCACAUUAGUUUUUAUGCUCGUCGGAUUUACUUCACUAUUCGCGAGUUUUGGCCUGAAACAAGCAACAUUGAAUAAUGCUGCUCACAAGAUUUAUCUGUGGCUUUUGAUUAGCUGUGUCCAAUUCGGUACAGCUGUCACCAUUGAGAUUGUUGUGCUAUUGAAACACACAAAUUUCGUCCGACAUAAUAUACCCGGAUUCUUAUUAUGCUUUGUGCUUAUUGACGCUGCUUUAGUGUACCAGAUUUUAGUAGUACAGUCUUUCUAUAAAGAAGAGAAAUUAGUCGAAGAGACAAAUUACAGUAGACUGGGUUCGGAUUUGACAUCACAGAUUGAACAAUACGACGAAGAAGAAUUUCAAAAUGUAGAUCUUUAAUAUAUCUUUAAUCUUUGUAUUAUUUUUGUUUAUUUUGGGGGAAAUGCCCGAGUACUACCUUUGUCAUAGGGCACACAAUAUUAUUAUUAUUAUUAACUUGAUGUUUAUGCAAAAUUGUUGACUGACUAAUGAACCAUAUAGUCAAUAUUACACUGCAAUGAGCUUUUAAAUGUAAUUAUAUUUAGAUAUUUUCUUUUUACAAAAUAAUGACUUAUGUUAAUGUUAGAAUUGUGGCAUAUCUUAAUCGACGACCAUAUUAUAUUAUUUUUUACUUAUUAUUUUCAAUAUACAUUAUAAUUCAAGAUUAAUAUUUCAACAGUGUACGAAGCUACUAACAUAUAUUGUCAAGAAUCGAAUUACCUACGGAGUACGGACUACCGUCUACGGUACACCCAAGCCCGGAUUAAGGAUCCGUUUGGCCCCGAAAUACAAGAUUCUUAGAUUCUUAAGAAUCUUUAGAAUUCUUAGGGCCGUAUUCAUAGUUGAUGCUUAAGAAUAAGUAUUGCUUAAGCUUUACUUAUGACUCAAAUGAGAUUCAUAGACGAGACUUUUAAAAAGUAUUACUUAAAUUAAGUUUGGUACUGUAGUAAACCGACGUCUUUACAUAAAAACGGCGUACCAAAGUCCAGGCGGCUAUAUAACAACAUCACGCCACCUAAUUAGGCCACCGAUGCUGCCAUCGGAUCGGAUAAGUACUGAAUACAGCACUAACAGCCAUCCUAUGACGUCAAUCAACCUCUCCUUAGUCACGGCAUGUCCCAUAUAAAUAGAGGCCCUUUACUCAAAGGACUUCAGAGUAGUUACAGAGUAACUAGAGAAGUAGUUAUCCCAUAUUACAGUACUUGUGUGGGUCGCGGACUUGUAACGGCCGCAUCACCGUUCACAUUAAGUACAUUCCCAGUUGUAGUGAAAACCAUGACUAAAUAGAUCUAUUUAGUCAUGGUGUAAACUACAAUAUUCUCCGGCAGAAUUAUAUUCUGUCGACAAACUUAAAACUUAACUUAAAUUCUAAUAUUUCAUUGUGUAAUAAACAAUUAUCAUAUUUAUCUACAUUGUGUAUUUGUGUUCGACAUUUAUUUAAACAAAAUUCAAACCUCUUCCGAUCCAGUUCAACGACGUGUACGUGCCUUCGUCGUUAAAGAAGUGUGCAGUAACCAAUCAGGUGACAGCGACGGGUUACUACAGUACCUUAAGCAUUGCUUUUAGUUAUUAUCCCAAAUUUUUAUUUUUUAAAUUAUCAAAAUUAGCUUAAGCAAUACUUAUUCUUAUGCAAUGACUAUGAAUACGGCUCUUAGAUUCUCAGCUUUAAGAGUUUCAAUUUAAACCCUUUAAGCUUAAAUUUUUCUGCGGUUACAUAUAAUUGUAUAUAUUUUAUAAUCAUUUGAUUUAAAUAAAAAUCUGUAAAUUGAAAUGGAAUAAAAAAACUCAAAAACACUGUUUUAACGUUUUAAACGUA